AUGAGAUUGGCAAUUGGCAGUUUCUGCAAGGAAUUCAACGAGAACAACGACGCCAACGACGAAAUCUCUCGCGAGUGCACGAACACUACCGCCGCGGGCGCGGGCGCGGGAAGGAGCCUUUUGGCUAUUAACGGAAAAAGUCCGGGGCCGGCUAUACAAGUAUGUCUCGGUGACACAAUAGAGGUUCUCGUUUAUAACAAGUUCGGAAGCGACGAGUUGGCUCUCCAUUGGCACGGAAUCCGGCAAAAGGAUUCCAAUUAUAUGGACGGGGUGCCCAUGAUAACGCAGUGUCCUAUUUUACCCUUCGGUGGUUUUCGUUACAAGAUAACCCCCGAGAGCGCGGGAACGUACUUUUAUCACGCUCAUUCAGUCUCGCAGCAGGGUGACGGGGUGUACGGGUCGUUGACAGUUCGAGGACCAUGGGCGCGGGACAAGGACGUCGAGGACGAGGACGAGGACGAGGAUCUCAGUCUGGAAAGGACGCUUCUCCUGUCAUCAAGGCCACCGACUCCCCUGACGCGACACGCGAGCCUUUCCACUCCACCUACGCCGGCCGAGCUUCUCGUCAACGGCCAGGCGCGGCAAGUAGUCGUGCGGGUGAAGCAUGGAUCUCGCUAUUUACUACGCCUCAUUAAUGCAAACGCUCACGAUUGUCCCAUUUUAUUAUCCGCCCAUGGACAUUCGCUUCGAAUACUUGCUGCUGACGGCAACCCUGUACAAUCGAUGACGGGCACGCAUGUCGUUUUAUUCCCAGGUACCCACCACGGGCUUUGGGACGGUUUGGACACAAGCGGGACGCGCGUCGGCAUGGAGUGGACCCGUGACAAGACUCUGGAGCUGCUACGCGAGUAUCAACAACGACGAGUCCUCUGGGACUGGAACGCCCGAGGUUAUCGGGACCGUCAGAAACGCAAGCGAGCUAUUCAGGAGCUGGCCGAAAUUCUCUCCUGCAACACUCUCGAGGUUGAGAAGAAGAUUACAAAUCUCAAGUGCCAGUAUUCUCGGGAGGUUCACAAGAUACAAAACAGCCGUGAUGCCGCAACCGGCCCGGACGACGUAUAUGUCUCCAAGUGGUUCGCCUUUAAAGCCAUGCAGUUCCUACAAUUCGGCACGCGUAGAUACAGCAAGCGGAAGAAGAAAGUCAAUGAGGAACCGAAACUACAAGAAGAGUAUAUUGUGAGCGACAUCGAUCCGGAAAGUAUAACAUUUAUGGAUUGCAACGAAGAGACAAACGGCUCCGGUACCGGCUCCUUCAACGCUUCGCUGAGUGAAGACGCCGAAGACGCCGAAGAGUCCUCGUCGUCCAGCCUGAUGAAGGCAAUGGAGCUGUAUAAUGGUUCUUUGCCGAGUCAGGACAGUUCAUCGGCCGAUCUCGACGAGUCCGGACAGACGAAACUCGAGCCUCGCGCACCGGAUGCGAAAGAACAAAAAAAAACAAAGGAGGAGUUUACCAAGUUUGGCGAGAGUAUCGCCGUGCAGCUCGCCGAAAUUCCUGAUUCGUAUUCGAGGUCGGUCGCCAAACUCAGGAUCAACCAAAUCCUCUUCGAGGCGGAGAUCGGGAUUUACGCGCAAACGCAUCGCGAAAGACUCGAUGGCAUUCUAAUGGCUGUACAGGCACGUGGCAAGUAUGCCCUCGAUAUUCAGGGUCUUGGAGAAUGUCGCAAUUUGCGUCAAGAGGCAUAUAUUUUUUACAAAGAUGCCACACUUGAUUCGCAUGCGAUAAGGACUACAGAUGCUGACAACUUGGACGAACAGUCGUUUAAAAUUGCUGAAAGUGGUCACGAUUGUCAUAGAAUAUCGAAAAAUGUCAUUUGUUCUUUGGAUCUGAAGAGUACGAAAUUAUCGCAAUUAGAAGAAAAAGCAGAUGAAACGAUCUACGUGCCCUUCGAUGUAAAUACUUUCUCGUUUUUUACGGACGAAAUGACGGACACGUCCUACAACUUUUAUAUAUCGAGAUAUUAUCCAGCUUACUUGAGCUUAAAGAAAGGCGCGAUAAGAAUACCGCAGAUUAAUGGCGUAUCUUUCAAAUACCCGCCAUCUCCGAUAUUAUCGCAACCAGAAAAUACCUUGGAGAAGUCGGUUUGCUCCCUCGAUAAACUUUCUAGUGAAUGUGCCGACACACCGUUAUUUUGCGAGUGUCUGCAAUUGCUCCAAGUUCCACCGAGAAAAACAAUCGAAAUUAUAUUAAUAAACAAAGGCUUUGGAGGCAAUGCGUCCUAUACAUUUCAUUUACAUGGUUACAAUGCCAGUAUUAUUGGCCGAGAGAAUUUCGAGCAACCUCUAACCAAAGAUGAAAUUAUAUCCUUGGACCUAAAUGGGAAGAUACGUCGAAAUCUUGUGAAUCCAGUGCGAAAGGAUACUUUUGUCGUACCGAAUAAAGGUUACAUCAUUCUUCGUUUCUACACCGACAAUUUAGGAUAUUGGCUGUGGGAAGCGAGAAGUACAGCUCUGUAUCCUCCGCUACUCGGACCUGGAAUGCAAUUCUUAAUGAGAGUAGGUCUCCGGCAAAACUUACCUCUUGUACCGAUCGACUUUCCUAGCUGCGGCAAUAACAAAGGCAUGGAUUUGAUAUUCGAGAGCUGAUAAAUAUCUUCAACCUCUUUCCGUAUUAUAUAUACGGAAGGUAUAUAGAGAGUAUCGCCGCACAGUAGCGAGUUGUGUAUCUCGAAUAUUGUUAUUGAGUUAUAUAUUAAUCGUUAGUAUUUUUUUUUUUAGACUGUGUUACCCUUGUUAUUUUGCACAGAAAAAUCUGUAUAACUUGUUCCUAUUGAUUUUUAUUUUAUUUAUUACUUGAUACGCGUGCGUGUCGAACUUGCAGUGUUUUAUCGGAUAUAAUAUAUAUUUAUAUAUACAUAUAUAUAACAGAAAAGUAAAAUAUACUGAAGAUGAAGGUGAUGUUGGAGGCGUUCGAACAUCUUCUGAGUAUAUAUAAGAAAUAAAUAAGUAAAAUAAGGAAAUUUAAAUUUCCUUUCUCGUCGGGCCACGGCGCCGAGAUUGCACGCGAUAAAUAUUUCACGAAAACAAAUAAUAGAUAUUCCGCAGCAGAACGAAUUAUUAAUGACAGUAAGGACAUAACCCUGAUUAAUAACACUGUAAAAAAAUUUGUAUUAAAAAAAAUAUAAAAAUAUAGGAAGUUUUUAUGCAGA